GUCACGUCUAUAGUAUAAACUUGUUCUCCCUAGUUUAUAUAUAUAUAUACAUACUUGAGAUAGCAGGGUGAGAGAGAGGUGGUUGAAACAUUCAAGAAUGGGUUGUGCUGGAAAACUAAGUCUUCUUCAAUCAUCUGCAAAUGUUUCCAUUCUGGUUAUGAUGAUGAUGAUGAUGAUUUCAUGCAGUUUGGAGAAGGGGAUUGCUUCUGAAGCUCACUACCAAACUCUCCCACUCAGUUCCAUGCUUCCACCUUUUGUCUGCAAUCCCACCACUUCCAAAGGUCCAAGUAGAAAGGCAUCCAUGAAAGUUGUUCACAGGUUUGGUCCCUGCUCCGCCCGGACCCAAGACUCGCCAACCAUGACUGAGCUUCUGCGGUACGACGAGUCUCGAGUCAACUCAAUAAAAGCCCGAGUUAAAUCUCUGAGCUUGGGCAAUAACACUAAUGGUGAGGCAGAGAAAGCAGAAAUGAUCAGUGAGUCAAAAGCUGUGAAUCUCCCGGCGGGGCACGAAAGCCCAGGCGGCGUGGGAAACUACGUCGUCACGGUGGGACUGGGCACGCCGAAGAAGGAACUCGAUCUAGCCUUCGACACCGGCAGCCAUAUCACGUGGACUCAAUGCAAGCCGUGCGCGGCGAAGUGCUACCGGCAGCGCGCGGCGAUAUUCGACCCGGCCGCCUCGACAACGUAUUCCAACCUCACGUGUAACUCGGCCGCCUGUUCCGGGCUGGCGGCCGCCACCAACAACCCGCCGCGCUGCGCAGCGCCGAACACGUGCGUGUACAUCGCCACUUACGGCGACAGAACAUUCUCGGUGGGCGAGUUGGGGAAGGACAGGCUAACCUUAUCGUCCACGGAAGCGGUGGAGGGGUUCAUGUUCGGGUGCGGCCAAAACAAUCAACUUUUCUACGGCGAGAAUGCGGGAUUGAUGGGUUUAGGGAGAGAUUCCCUCUCUAUAGUCUCCCAAACGUCUAAACAAUAUGGGAACUAUUUCUCGUAUUGCCUCCCGACAAAAACAAACACCGACGGUCAUUUAACGUUGGGGAAGGGUGGUGGGACUGCUAAAAAUUUCAAAUACACGCCAUUGUUGAGCUCACAGGGGACGGGUCUUUACUUCAUUGAUAUCCUGGCCAUAAGCGUUGCCGGGCGGGAACUGAAAAUUAAUCCGGCGGUGUUCAAGAACGGCAAGACCAUCAUAGACUCCGGGACCGUCACCACUCGCCUGCCGCCGACGGCCUAUACUGCUCUGCGGGACGCUUUCAGGGAACAGAUGACCAUGUUUCCGGCAGUAGAAAGCAAUACGAGCUUCGACACUUGCUAUGAUUUCAGCAAAUAUCGUAACCCAACCAUACCCAAGAUAAGCUUCACGUUUGGUGGGAAUAAUGCGGUGGUUGAUUUGGACCCCACGGGGGUGAUGACGCCGCUAGAUGAAACCGGGUCGUUGGUGUGUCUGGCUUUUUUCGGAAAUAAUGAUGAUGGGGAGGUCGGAAUUUUCGGCAACUUACAGCAGCAGACAUUGGAGGUGGUGUACGAUGUUGCCGGAGGGAAACUGGGGUUUGCCUCCGGUGGCUGUUCUUGAACUACAAUUUUCCAUCUCCUCAU